AUGGAGUGUGCCGGGAAGAGACAGGGGACUCGGUGCACAGGACCAGUCACGAGAAGAUGUGCUCGCUGUGGAGCUGUUGCUUAUUGCUCUGUUUCUCACCAGAUUGUGCAUUGGCCUGAUCAUAAAGAAGAGUGCGGAAGGUUGGAGCAACAUAUGAAGCAUAUGGAUAUCUUGAAUGAGUUUCCUUUCACUUUUACUCAAGAAGCAACCGUUCAGGUGUGUGAAAAGCUGGAGACUAGGUGUUCAGUCUUGAAAAAAAAAGGGGUCCAUCAAAUGGGAAUGUGGUUGUAUGAAUGUUGUUGUGGGAAUUCAGUUAUUUCCUUUGAUUGUUCAAGGUUAAAUAAUUCUUGGGAUCUCUCAAAUACCUUUUGCCCAUGUACUGAGCCUUUAUCUAUGAUAUCGAAGCAUUUAACCAGUUGGAAGGAGUACUAUGAAUGGAGGUCCAUCCCACUGCAUUCACCUGUUUCUUUGCUACUCCACCAGCCUCUUACAAUUUACUAUGCCACUCAAGUAGCUGGUUUAGGAAGGUGGACUUCUGGAAUCAGCCACAAAUUGCACAUACACUAUCUUGGCCCUGAGAAAGAGCUUCUUCAGCUUUCUGUCUUCUCAGAGUUGCAUGCACUUUUUCCUAAUGUGCACGUGCAUAUAGAGCUUGUUGGGCCUGCAAUUCCACAACAGAGAGAUGGUGAAAUGAUUGAGCUAUGCAAUUAUGCCCAUUGCCUUGAUAGAGAUUGCAUAUGUAAAUCCUCAAGUGAGACUGUCAGCUGGGAUGCACAUACUAGUAAACCUUCAACAGUUACAUUGCAACUUAGAAGCGGCUUUUAUCAUGACCGUUACAAGGAUAUAGCUCAGAAUUCAUCUCCGCAUUUAAUCGUUGCUCCAAAUGCAGGAAUUGCUGCUUAUUCAAGCUGGCUACCAACUAUUGAGCUAAUAAAGGAUAUGAAUAUCCCAGCAGUUUUUUCCGAUUACUGCAAAGAAGCUUGUCAUCUUGGAGCCAGUUGCAUUACUGGUGUAACUGGCUGUGCUCUCAAUAUCCCUAUUCAAUUAAAUCCAUUCAGGCAACCAAUGGUGGUGGAAGACAGCGUUCUCUUGCUUCCUUGCUACUCGAAUUGCUUCCUCUACGGGAUGUCAAAGUGGUCUGUCUAA